AUGACAGACCCAUCCAAACUCCAAGUCCCAGAGCCGUCCACCGAGAAGGAGAGCAACAACCCCACAGCCCCUCUCGUAAACGUAACAAGCGCAUCCACAACCUCCACAUCAACAUCCAGCUCAAAACCCCCCACAUCAACACCAGACCGCCCCUCAUCCUCACAUUCCUGGCGGUCAAAACUGCACAUACAUUCCGGUUCCCGCCGUUCCAAAUCCGUUGAACCAGGCAAAGAGCGCUGGCGGGAUGCGACGCUGCCUGAGAAGGAGCGAUGGAAGGAUUGGCAGAAGGCCAAGGACAAGGAGCAGAUGGCCGGGUCGACGAUAGGUGCAUACACGCAGUUCUACAAGGGGAAGGGAAGUACGGGGUAUUGGGUGGAUGUGGGGUUUUGA